UUAUUUUGGAAGUGAUUCUUGUAAUUAUAAAAGUAAACAAUUUUGUUAUUUUUUUUGAAACUGUUUUUUAGUUUUAGUGAUUAAUUAAUUGAUUGAGUUAUUGGUCACACAUUAUCAAUGGCCACUAAAGCCGCCGAAAUAGUUAUGUCGGCGCCGAUUGUCGAUAGAUUUGUCGACGACUUGAAUCGAUAUCUACGAAAAUGUUUGACAGAUCUUACAGACUUAGACGACAUGGCUAUCGAUAGGUUGAUAGCAAUUUUAGGACACAAAAACAGUUGUCAAUCAUUGUCAACACUUCCAGCCGGUUGUUGUAGUGGUAGUGAUAAUAGUCGUCAUCUGAUUAAUAAUUGUUGUUUUAAGUCGCGUAUUAGUCAAGAAAGCGGCGCCAAAACCAAAGGAGACUUUUCGCUGUAUUUGCCGAAAGCUGUCGACCUAUUGUUUCCGCAUUUGAUCCGAAUUUGCGAUCAAUUAGUUGUCGAUAGUAGUAGCCGACAGUUAUGGACAUUUGCGGUCAACAACUAUCGUAUCCUUGAUUGCAAUGACAGCUCAAAACGUAUUCAAUUUAAUGUUUGCCGAAAGACUGGAGCCGUACGACUGGUCGACGAGUUUACUGAUUUGCUGUCAAAUCUAGAGAAAAUUGUCGACAACGACACCAACAACAGUGUGUCGAAGAUAUGUGUCGUCAAACUAUACACUGUUGAGGACGACAACGACAACAGAUUUCUUGAUGAACGAUUGGAUCAGUUGUCACGAAUAAUGGCUAAACUUUUGCACACUGAUUGUCUGAUUGAGAUAAAGUAUCGACAAAUACCGGAUCAAGUGAUCGAUGAGAUGAUUGCCAACGCCAGCGAUGGCAAGUUGUGUACAAUUAGUGGCCAUAAAGUGAUAUUCACAGAUCAAUUAGUUAUUCCGAAGACAUCGAAAUUGGUGUUUGAAAUGGUUGUCAAUCUAUACGAUAGUAUCAAAUAUCAUCUGAAAAGUGAUAAUUCAAAUCCGAUGACAAUCGUUAUCAUUGUUGCCGAAUCGCUAAGCCAUCGACUGAAACAAGCCUUUCAGGUGAUGUGUAUUUUAUAUGACAUAUUGAAUGUCAAUCUUCAAGUCGUACCGGUUUCCGGUGUCCAUACGGACCAGACAUACGAUGAUUAUCUACAGUCUCUGAGAGAUCAACUAAUUGAGCAAAACUUUGAUUCAGAUAUCACUAGUGAAAAUAUCGAUCUAAUAGUCAAGACAUCGUUAACACUAUCAUUGCUAACCACUAGACCAUCGUUGCCCAUCUCAAGAGUUGAUCCCUAUCUGAACGAAGCUAUUUUCAUACAAUACAACUGCGCCCGAUUGAUGGCUAUUAUUAGGAGAUACCGUACCGAUUAUUUGGUGGCGAAUACUAAUACUAAUGGUCAGGAGGACAGAGCCAUAGAUAUUGGUCUACUGACCGACGAUUUAGAGUGGACACUGAUUUUCCGUGGAUUCACAAAAUUCAAGUCAAUUAUCGGCCGAUUAGACAUUGUUGAGCUGUCGUCAAUCAGUCAUCAGACGCCCAGUCGAUUGAUUGUAUUCAUAAAACAGUUGGUCAACGAUAUCAGUGUCUACUAUAAGAAAGUAAAAGUUUUGACCGAACCGUCACAGCAUUUGCUGACAUUGAUUGCCACAAGAGUUUAUUUUUGCCAAUUGUUGUACAAAUUAUUGGCCAAUUGUCUCAAUUUGUUUGGAUUAAAACCAAUAGAUAGUCUAUAAGAUUGAUAAUAAUAAUAAAUAUCUAAUUUUCGGUUUCAUUAUUAUUAUCAUAUUUAUG